AGGAGGCUAAUAUUUGAGUACCUCCCUCUUAUGUGGCAGAGAACAACCUCCAUACAUUUUCAGUUAAUCUUCAACCAAAAAGCUCUCAGUUGGAUGGUAUUCCCAUUUUAUAGCAAGAACACUGAGAGUUAAGUAACUGACUACAGAGACUGAUUACUUCUCCACCAAUUCACUCUUUCUUGUGUAGGAAGGACUAUUGCCUACCCAGAAAAGCUUCUCCCAACUCUCUGGGCAGAGUCCAUUCUUUCCUCUUUCUUUCUUUCCAACAGGCAUUUGGAAGGUUAGGAGGGUUCCUUAAAAUGUGUUAAGAGUAAGAUGACAUUUAUACUUCUGGACCUCAUGGCAGGGUAUGACUAGAUGACCUGAAGGUCACUUUCAUCUUGGCUAGUUCAGCACCCAUCUUCCCAUCGUUGGAUGGGAGAGGCAUAUACUCCUCUUUUAUGCUGCCAUAAUAUCAAGGCUGGAAGGAGCCUUAGAGAUACUUAGUCCAACGCUUAUUUUUCCAGUGAGAUCCAGAGGCCCAGAGUGGCUAAGCCUCUUGUCCACCUGUACACAUAACAUGGGUUAUUGGCAGGAUUUGGUCCACUCUGCCUUGCUGAUUCUCUCUCAAUGUUAUUAUCUCCCCAAAUCUCCAGCCCCCCACUUUUCCCUCUUAUUGCAUGCUUUCCCCCUCGGGUUUUCUAUCUUCCUCACAAUGUUUUUUAAAACUUCUUUGAGUUAUGAAAGAACAUCUGCUUUUACCUUUGAAGUUAGGUGCCUGCUUUCAUUUGGAUAAUUUCUGUGUGGCUCAUAGAAAUAGGGGUUUGGAUUCAUGUACCUUCCUAUGGUUUGGUUCAGGAAGGAUAUCUUAGUCUUAUAAAGUGUAUCAAUAACUACCUGGUUGGCUGUCAGGUGCAGAAAUUCUGGAUUGGGGAUGACCAAUCCAGGGAUGCCGUCUUCAGGGUUGGGGAAAGGAGAGUGCAUGCAAUGUGCUUCCUGUAAUCCAAGGACCAGGGUAGCCCCUCUGGAACCACACGGAGCAGUGUGCUGUGGCAGCGUGGACAUUCUCAGGCUGACUCUCCAGGGUGAACUGACAGGAGAUGAACUUGAACGCAUAGCCCAGAAGGCCGGCAGGAAGACCUAUGCCAUGGUGUCCGGCCGCUCAACUGGUCAUUCUCUGGCCUCAGAACUGGUGGAGUCCAACGAUGGACAUGAAGAGAUCAUUAAGGUGUACUUGAAGGGGAAGUCCGGAGACAAGAUGAUCCAUGAGAAGAAUAUUAACCAGCUGAAGAGUGAGGUCCAGUAUAUCCAGGAGGCCAGGAACUGCCUGCAGAAGCUCCGGGAGGAUAUAAGUAGGAAGCUCGACGGAAAUCCAGGAGAUUCUCUCCAUCAACAGGAGAUACAGGUGGUGCUAGAAAAGCCAAAUGGCUUUAGUCAAGGUCCCCUGACUCCACAUAGCAGCCCACCCAAGGUGGACACCUAUAGAGAUGAAGAUGUCGAGAGCUUGAGGAGGACCGUGCAGGACUUGCUUGUCAAGCUGCAGGAGGCUGAGCGGCAGCACCAGUCAGACCGUGUGGAUUUUGAGGUCACACUCAGUCGGUACCAGAGAGAAGCAGAACAGAAUCGGGUGGCCCUUCAGAGAGCAGAGGACAGAGUGGAGCAGAAGGAGGCGGAAGUCGGGGAGCUGCAGAGACGCUUUGUGGGAAUGGAGACGGAGCAUCAGGCCUUAUUGGCAAAGGUCAGGGAAGGGGAGACAGCUCUGGAGGAACUUCGGAGCAAGAAGGUUGACUGCCGAGCAGAACAAGAAAAAGCUGCUAACCUGGAAAAGGAAGUGGCUGGGUUGCGGGAGAAGAUCCACCACUUGGAUGACAUGCUUAAGAGCCAGCAGCGGAAAGUCCGGCAAAUGAUAGAGCAGCUCCAGAAUUCAAAAGCUGUGAUACAGUCAAAGGACACUGCCAUCCAGGAGCUCAAGGAGAAAAUUGCCUACCUGGAAGCCGAGAAUUUAGAGAUGCACGACCGGAUGGAACACCUGAUAGAGAAACAAAUCAGUCAUGGCAACUUCAGCACCCAGAACCGGACCAAGACUGAGAACCUGGGCAGCGUUAGGAUCGCCAAGCCCCCCAGCCUAAAGCCCAUGCCUCUCAUCCGAGUGGUGGAAACAUGAGCUGCAGGAGACAAGAUGCUGCUGUUGCUGGUGCCUCUGGCCUGAGGAGGAGCCCACCACCCCUGGAGGCUGCCGGCCCUGACUUUGACUUCCCGACUGCUCCCUUCAUGGUUCCGAACGCCCAUCCUCUACGCUGGGCGGACGGGGGAUGAGCUCCCCCUCUGGACACUGCAGCCUCUGGAGGCCGGCGAUAUCCUGCCCGCAGGAGCCAGGGCAGUAGCCUUAUUCCCAUAGUUACUAUUUUUCUCUGUAGCAGAGCCUCCCUUCUGUUGUAGGCUGGAGUUUGUAGCCCGGGCCGGUUAUUCUGCCCCAGAAGCCAGGCCCUCCGCAGAUCGGGAGAGGUGACAAGAUCUGCCUCAGCCCUAGAGGCUGGAGGCACAGACGUCAGCAGUGAUUGGAGAGUGUCCCGGGGGCAUGAAGUUCCUUCCUUAAACACAGCUCAGUUCUUAGCAACAAACUGUUUGUUUUUCUAAUUGCUCCACCCUCACCCAAUGCUGACCCGGGCCUCCUGCAGACAGACAAUGGGGCUACCUGUCAGGGCCUGUGAACCUCAACUUUGACUGGACAGGCCUUGUCUUUUGGGGAGGGGGAAUGUCCUUCAGGGAGUAGCUCUUAGCAGAAAGGUUCUGUGAGGCCACGGACAGUUACGGGCGACUUCUGUCUGCUGUGAAGACUCCCAGAAUCUCUUAGGGUUUCCCCCUAAGUUGCAGUGCAAGAUACACCUCAUUCUUCUCGACUCAGCGCCUAAAAACUGUUUUCACUGGGUUACAUCCAUCUCAGUGAAGAAACUCUCGUGGUAUUUAUUUUGCUAAGUUAUUGGUGUUUUCGCUUACAUCUCACAACUGAUUAAAUACCAGAGUUCAGAGUUCUACAGCCUUCUCUUGCAGUGUUUGGAUUUGCUCGACAGAGGGAAAAGAGUGUUCCCAGUGGACUUGUCGAUUUCAGAAUGAUGUCAUAGUCUUUUUCUCUCUUUCCUGCUGCUUUUCCCUUCCUCCUCCAAACCUCAGGAAGGCAAGUAUUGAUAUAUUCUCCCUGAAGCAUCGGGGUCUGAGUGUCUGUUGUUUGGGGGAAGAGAGCAAUCAGGAGGGAUUGAAUUCUUCCCUUAACCCCUCUGUACCCCUCUGCUCCACAGUCAGUUUGUUAUCCUGGCUCUGCGUGAACCUGCCACUCAUCGAGUUUCUUUAGGGCUCUUCCUGCAGCCUUAAGGAGGAGAUAAGCAUCAGAAUGUGGUACCGUAGGACACAGAAAAAUGAAGAAUAAACAUUAAGUCUUUAGGUUCUACUUGGCUCAAAACCAGAAGCCUUAAGUCUGCGGUUUCUGUGCAUCAGGGCUGAGCUCCCAUGCUGGCUUUGUCCAUCGUGUUCUGGUGUUCUGGUGUUCUUCACGCCAUUCCCAUUUGUGAAACGAGGGGGUUGGACCAGAUAAUCUCCAUGGGCCCUUCCAGUUCUGAUAUUCUUUCCUGUGGCAUGUUCUUUGUGUGGUGAAUUUAAUAAAUUAUGUUCAUGUGUCUUUUCGA